AUGUUAUUCGCUCGGACAACUGCGCGAAGCUUCAUUGGCGCUCGCGCGUUUUCUACAGCUCGUGCGUGCCGGGCGGAGCUGUCCUACCAGGUCUACGGCCCCGAAAAGGAGGAAGCCGUUCGCGAUCCGAUUCUAUUCCUGCACGGACUUUUCGGUUCUAAGCAGAACAACCGGACUAUUAGCAAAGCUUUGGCCAGAGACUUGAAUUGUCAGAUCUUCACGUUGGAUCUCCGCAAUCAUGGCCAAUCUUUCCAUGCCCCGGAGCACAAUUACAGUGUCAUGGCUGAGGAUGUGCAAGAGUUUAUAGAGCAGCAGAAGCUCAAGAAGUGUGUCCUGAUUGGCCAUUCGAUGGGUGCCAAAACUGCGAUGACAGUGGCCCUUCAGGCCCCAGAGAGCGUUUCUGCUUUAAUCUCUGUCGACAAUGCCCCGCUCAAUGCGGCAUUGAAGAGUGACUUCCCCAAAUAUGUCCGGGGAAUGCAGCACGUUGAAAGAGAGCAAGUGACGAAGCAAUCAGAGGCCAACAAAAUCCUCGAGGCUUAUGAAGAGUCCCUUGGAAUUCGCCAAUUUCUUUUGACAAACCUUGUGCGCUCCGAUGAUGAGCAAAAGACUCUGAAGUUCCGUGUACCGCUCUCAGUGAUUGGUGACUCACUUGAUAGCAUGGCAGACUUCCCCUUCCGCCAGUCGGAUGCCGUCAAGUAUGAUGGCCCCACACUUUUCGUUCGGGGAACCAAGUCCAAGUAUGUCACCGAUGAGACCAUUCCUGCAAUCAAGACAUUCUUUCCCAAUGCUCAGAUUGCGGACGUCGAGGCAGGACACUGGCUCAUAUCCGAGAACCCCGAAGCUUUUAGACAAGCGGUUGUCAAAUUCCUAGGAUCGUCAUAA